AUGAUUCCAAAACAAAAGGACGCAGCACUUGGAAAACAUAACUAUUCCAAAGGGGAUAUUGUAUUGGCCUGUUUUCAUGAUGGAGUAUACUACAAGGCGAAAAUUAUUCAGCUAGCUGGCGAUGGGUUUAGUUGCAUUGUAAACUACAUAGAUUAUAAUGAAGUAUAUUCAGUAGGUUUCGAAAAAAUAAAACCAUUAAAUAUCGAUACUUCAUUAAAAAAUAAAAAAGUUUUGGUUAAGAAUGAUGUUCCACAUCGGAAUAAAGAUCAUACCGAAAAAAAAUUGAAAAAAGAUAUCAAAAUGUUUGAAGUAUGUAAAAAGAAAUUUCAUGAAUCAGAUAUGGUCUUAGCUGAUAACCAUAUAACACAAAAUCUACAAUAUUUAGUUGGAGAUAAAGUAAUGGCUACAUAUGAUGAUGGGGUUGAAUAUAUUGCCGAAAUUACUAAGAUUGGUGAAAAUGGCAAGUGUAUCGUAAAGUUCAUAGAAUAUAAUGAUUUGUACGAAACAAGUGUUAAUGAAAUAAAACAUACUUUAUAUAAAAGUUUGAAUAAACCUGAAGAUCACUUAGAAGUUGUUUCAGCUCUUAAUGGCUCUCAUCAAGGCACUAUCAAAAAAGAAUUCGCAGAAAAUAAAUUAAGAGUUUCGUUAAAAGAUAAGCGUUUUAAAGAAAGCAUUGAUAACAUGAUGUAUACAAAAAUAAUUAGACGAAAUGAAAGUCCCAAAAACUUUUCAGAUAUUGGAAAGACUAAUAAAGGAAACACUGUUAGAGUAUCACAUGACAAUAGAGAACUUCGUGAUGCACAAAUUGUAAAGCUACCGAAUCUAUGUAAAGUAUAUUCAGAGGACAUAAACAAAAUAUGUGGUUCAAAUAUACAAAAUAAUAAAAGGCAUCUAACAACUAAGUCACUUAAUAAGUUAAGUGAAUUUGUGGACGUCAUGAACGAUAAAAAUGGUGUUAUAAUUAGAGACAUUCAGUCUGAUGGCGUUAUGCACCAAACUUCCGGUGAUGACAGCAAAACAGUUUUCAAAUUUGAUAAAACUGAACUAUUUAACUUCCGAAAAGGAGAUCAUGUUCUUGCAGCUUAUACUGACGGGGAAUACUACCCUGCAAAAAUUGUUAAAAUUUCUAGAAAAAAAAAUUCAUGUAAAGUCGUGUACACCGAAUACGAUGAUACUUUAUACAAAAUCGGAUUCAACAAAAUUAAAUCAAUUGAUGUGAAGAAUAAAUCAAUUACUAAGGAUAGCAGUUCUAAAUUUACAACUGCAUUUCUGAAACAUUCAGCUCAACCUCUUCAAGUAAAACAUUCAUCAAAUACAUCAAGUGAUGCCAAGGAUAUUAUUUACUCAGCUGGUGACAAUGUAUUAGCAUUUUACAAUGAUGAAAAGUUUCCAGCUGUUAUUAUAAGUAUGUUAGCAAAUAAAAAAUGCAUUAUAAAAUAUGAUGACACUUAUUACGGCGAAUUAUAUGAAAUAUCAUUAGAGGAUAUAGAGCCUAAUAAAGAAAAAAAUUUUAAAAGUUGUAAUUUUAAGAAUGAAAAAAUAUUGGUUCGAAAAUCGGAACAAAUAUCUGUUAUACCUGAAUACUCUGAAGGUGAGGAGGUAUUUGUUAAAUAUGAAGAUGGUAAAUAUUAUAAAGCGAUAAUAGUAAAUAUUUUCUCAAAUUCCAACUCUUGUGUAGUAAAAUACAUUGACUACGAUGAGUGUUGUGAAAUGAGUAUGAACAACAUAAAAAGAGUCGAUGAAAUAUCUGAUAAUGACACUGAAUCUCCUAUCACCUCAAAUAAAAUUGAGGUCCAAGACUUACUAACAAAUGAUUCCACAAAAAUGAGUGUAAAAAAUUAUAUUCCUGAAUUUAAAAUUGGACAAAAGGUUCUGGCAUUACAUGAAGAUGGUGAACUCUAUUUAGCAAUAAUAGUAAUUAUUUUCUCAAAUUCCAACUCUUGUGUAGUAAAAUACAUUGAUUACGAUGAGUAUUGUGGAUUGAGUAUGAACAAUAUAAUAAGAGUCGAUGAAAUAUUUGAUAAUGACACUGGAACUCCUAUCACCAGAAAUAAAAUUGAAGUCCAAGACUUACUAACAAAUGAUUCCACAAAAAUGGAUGAGAGAAAUUAUAUUACUGUAUUUAAAAUUGGACAAAAGGUUCUGGCAUUACAUGAAGAUGGUGAAUUCUAUUUAGCAAAAAUAGUAACUAUUUUCUCAAAUUCCAACUCUUGUAUAGUAAAAUAUAUUGACUACGAUGAGUAUUGUGAAGUGAGUAUGAACAAUAUAAUAAGAGUCGAUGAAAUAUCUGAUAAUGACACUGGAACUCCUAUCACCACAAAUAAAAUAGACGUCCAAAAAUUAUUAACAAAUGAUUCCACAAAAAUAGAUGAGAGAUAUUCUAUACCUGAAUUUAAAAUUGGACAAAAAGUUCUAGCAUUACAUGAAGAUGGUGAAUUCUAUUUAGCAAAAAUAGUAACUAUUUUUUCAAAUUCCAACUCUUGUAUAGUAAAAUAUAUUGACUACGAUGAGUAUUGUGAAGUGAGUAUGAACAAUAUAAUAAGAGUCGACGAAAUAUCUGAUAAUGACACUGGAAUUCCUAUCACCACAAAUAAAAUUGACGUCCAAAAAUUAUUAACAAAUGAUUCCACAAAAAUAGAUAAGAAAUAUUCUAUACCUAAAUUUAAAAUUGGACAAAAGGUUCUGGCAUUACAUGAAGAUGGUGAGCUCUAUUUAGCAAAAAUAGUAACUAUUUUCUCAAAUUCCUACACUUGUUUAGUAAAAUACAUUGACUACGAUGACUGCUGUGAAGUGAGUAUGAACAAUAUAAUAAGAGUCGAUGAAAUAUCUGAUAAUGACACUGGAACUCCUAUCACCACAAAUAAAAUUUACAUCCAAGAAUUACUAAAAAAUGAUUCCACAAAAAUGGAUGAGAGAAAAUAUAUUACUGAAUUUAAAGUUGGACAAAAGGUUCUGGCACUAUAUGAAGAUGGUAAAUUUUAUCCAGCAGAAAUAGUUACUAUAUCCUCAAAUUCAAACUCUUGUGUAAUAAAAUAUAUUGAUUAUGAUGAGUGUUGUGAAGUGAGUAUGAGCAAUAUAAAAAUAGUCAAUGAAAUAUCUGAUAAUGACACUGGAACUCCUAUCACCACAAAUAAAAUUUACAUCCAAGAAUUACUAAAAAAUGAUUCCACAAAAAUGGAUGAGAGAAAAUAUAUUACUGAAUUUAAAGUUGGACAAAAGGUUCUGGCACUACAUGAAGAUGGUAAAUUUUAUCCAGCAGAAAUAGUUACUAUAUUCUCAAAUUCAAACUCUUGUGUAGUAAAAUACAUUGAUUAUGAUGAGUGCUGUGAAGUGAGUAUGAACAAUAUAAUAAGAGUCGAUAAAAUAUCUCAUAAUAACACUGGAACUCCUAUCACGACAAAUAAAAUUGAGGUCCAAGAGUUACUAACAAAUGAUUCCACAAAAAUAGAUGAGAAAAAUUAUAUUACUGAAUUUAAAACUGGACAAAAGGUGCUGGCAUUAUAUGAAGAUGGUCAUAACUAUUCAGCUAAAGUUACUGAAUAUGAUGGUAAUCCUAAUAAAGUUGAAAUAAAUGUCAACAAAAUAAAACCAAUUCAGAAUAAAGUAUCUGAUGAUGUAUCAUUGAACACUAAAGAGAGUUUGAAAAAGAAAUCUAAAGCAAAAUAUUCAGAAGAUGAUCAAAUAAUUGUUAAAUUCGCCGACGGUAAUGAAUACACAGGCACAAUAUUUGAAAUUAUUGAUGACAAUUAUGACUAUUUUAUUAUAAAAAAUGAAGAUCAGAAUACGUUUGCAAAGGUUCAUGUAGAAGAUAUUUAUCCCAGAGAAGCAAAACGUUUUCAAAAUAAUCAUUCGACUAAUUCUGAGACAGAAAAUAAAAUUACGUUGCCAGAAGAAAUGUAAAAAUCAGAUACCUGAUUUGGAGGAAUCUUACGGCAGCAAUUUAUAUACCCCGGAAUUAGCAUCCUAUUGCUAAAAAAUGCUACCAAAGAAUAAUAUUAAAGAUAUAAGUGAAUUUAAUCCAGAUCCCGCAAUACAUAAAGAGAAAUCUGUUAUGGAUUCUGGUAUUAUUAAGCAAAUUGUCAGAUGCGGAAUCAAAGAAAUCAUGAAUCUUAAUAGUGUGGCAGUUUCUAAUAAAAAAAAGCAACAAUUUGAAAACAAAUUAGAAAUAUGAAACCACAUAUAUGCAAUAUUCUAAUCUAUCUUUUACGGCUUACAAUCUAAUUAAUUGAACCUAAUUAAAAAUACACGA